CCUGUGGGAUCCUUAACACAAUCGGGAGAGAACCAGCGAGUUAAGUCAGUCGCCGGGUAUCUUUAUUGUGACGAACGUAAUUUGGUGAUCGUGACUCGUACUUUCCUUACUUACUUUUCCCUGUCUUUUUUUCCUGUGUUCUUCUACAACAAAAGCAAUUUAUAGGAUUUUUACCACACGCGCGCUUAAACGUCAAUCAAUUAAACUAAACGAUGCAGACCAACGGAUCUGAAAAUGUCGGUUCCGAAAAUGCAAACGAGAAAACGGGAUGGACGGUGGGAUUAAUAAAUGGAAAAUUUAAGUACCUUACUGCGGAAACAUUUGGAUUUAAAAUCAAUGCAAAUGGGUCGAGUUUAAAGAAGAAGCAGUUAUGGACUCUGGAGGGCAGUGAACAACAAGUUUUUCUUCGCUCUCAUUUGGAUCGCUAUUUAGCAGUGGAUCAGUUCGGAAAUGUUACUUGCGAAGCAGAGGAUCCUAGUGAUCCUGGUUGUGCUUUCCAAAUUCAACUGGCUUCUGAUGGAAGCGGAAGGUGGGCUUUGAAGAACAUCCAGAGAGGAUAUUUCCUAGGUUCAAGUCAGGAUGAAUUAAAAUGUAUGGCCAAAGCUCCAGGUGAAGCUGAAUAUUGGCUUGUACAUCUUGCAGCUAGACCUCAAGUAAAUUUAAAAUCUGCUGGAAGGAAACGUUUUGCUCAUUUGAGUGCAACUCAAGAUGAAAUUCACGUGGAUGCACCAGUUCCUUGGGGCGAGGAUACACUCUUCACUUUAGAAUUUCGUCCUAUCUCUAUGGAAGAUAAUGGACAGGAACAUGCAAAGUCUGAAGGUGGACAUUACGCUCUUCAUACUUGCAAUAAUAAAUAUCUAGCACGCGAUGGAAAACUCUUGGAUACCUGUACACGAGACUGCCUCUAUGCAGCUGAGUUCCAUGCUGGAUUACUUGCACUCAGAGACUUGUAUGGAUCAUAUUUGGCCCCAAUUGGAAGCAAGGCUGUCCUAAAAUCAAGAUCGACAACAGUAACGCGAGAUGAAUUAUUCUCUUUGGAAGAAUCACUACCGCAGGCCUCGUUUGUUGCUGCCUUGAAUCAACGAUACGUUUCUGUUAAACAAGGAGUUGAUGUAACAGCUAAUCAGGAUGAAAUCUCUGGACACGAAACGUUCCAAUUAGAGUUUGAUCGUGUAACGAAAAGGUGGUAUGUACGUACCAUGCAAGAUCGUUACUGGAGCCUUGAAGCUGGAGGUGGAAUUCAGGCAUCGGAGCAUAAGCGCUCUUCCAAUGCUUUGUUCGAUUUGAUUUGGCAAUCGGAGGAUGGUACAGUAGCUUUACGCGCUAACAAUGGCAAAUUCUUGGCAACCAAACGCUCUGGGCACCUCUACGCCAAUGCAGAUUCUGUAAACGGAGGGGAUUCAGAUGUUAGCAAAUACUACUUUUACUUGAUGAAUAGGCCUGUUUUGGUUUUGCGUUGUGAACAAGGAUUCGUAGGACCUAAAAGUGCAUCGAGCUCAAAACUGGAAUGCAAUAAAGCUAUCUACGAAACCAUCAGAGUGGAGAGAUGUGAGCGCGGAAUCGUUAGAUUUAAAGGUCAAAACGGCAAGUAUUGGCACGCAGACAGUGAAGGAGUAAACGUGGAUUCUGAUAUUCCAUCCGAUGGUUUUUAUCUGGAAUUGCGAGAACCGUCUCGUAUUUGCAUUAAACAUACUGAUGGAAGAUAUCUUGCAGCAGGAAAAAAUGGAGCAUUGCGUUUGGGAGAAACGGAUUACGAAACUGCUACAAAAUGGGAAUUCUAAAAAAGCCAAUCAUCAUGUAAUAGCUGUGUUUUUUUCAAACUAUUUUUGGAUUUAAUUCAAUUUUCAUAUAUUUAAACAAAUAAUACAUACCAUAACAUAUAAAGAAGGGAAAGAAGAAUUAAUUUUUAAAGAGGGCCAAGUGCACAAAAUAAGACUUAACGAAAAAUGUUAUGUGACACAAAACUAUAAGAAAUCAGUAAAAUUAAUUGAAAGCAACGUUAAAACGGAAAGUAUUCUAUUAGAGUUUUAAAAAAACACAGCUAAAAUCCAAUGUCCUUUUUAUAGCUUCGAAUGUAAUCUAAUAUCAUAUUUAUAAGUACAGGAAGAGCUCCUAUCAAGUACUUAAUUAGGAGUACGUUGUCGAAUUGACUUUUCUACGAUUUUUUACAUUACUUUUAACUAAUGACCUUUUCUACUCAUGAAAUAUUUUAUAAGACUGAUAUUUGCAGAGUAAUUAGUGAUUAUCACACCGUUCCUUAAGUAAUGCAAGAUUGAAAUUUUCUUUUUUUUUAUUAUUAUUUCUUUACGAUAAAGUAAUCAAAUCGUUUCUUAGCCGUGUAAAUUGAUAUAAUUUGGAAUACUAUAUUUUUUUUAUAUAUAACGCUCAACCGAUUGGCUGUUUACGCACUAAUGACAACAAUUUAUUUAUCAUAUUGUUGACAUUUUUCAGAUACGCUUAUAUUUUGAAUCGUGGUAUAAAUGAUAGCGGUUGUAACAUAAUAACACGAAAAAUACUAAUAAUCUGGCCGAAUGUUUGUGUUAACAAAAUUUAGUUUUCUAGUCUUUAUUAAUAAUUAUUGCUACUUCUGUUACUCGAAUAUUUAUGAAAAAGUUCAUACACUAUACAGCAUACUUACGAGCUAUGACGAUAAGCGAAAUAGUAUUUCCGUUAAGAAAACUAAUCAUUCCAUAAAAUAAACAUAUUUGCUUUUCAUUACUCAGUCAUAUGCUAUUGACAUAAACGCACAAAUUCAUCGUUAGUGUAAACUUGCUAUCUAGUGUACAUAAUUUUAAAUCAACAUAACAAUUGAAUUACUCUGUGUAAUUUGAGACCACGCUUUUUUCUACAUUACAAAUUCACAUUCCGCGAGCUAUGUAAAGAGCGAAACAUUUUUUAAAACAUUUUGAUAAUCUUUACAGCAUAGUUCGUUUUAAGAAAAAAUUGAUAGUGAGUUUCAUAUUAUUUAAUACAGAUUUUGUGGGCGUGUAACUUAUCUAUUAGCUU